AUGGCACUGUCGAUCCCAUCCGUUUUCUUGGCUGCAUUUUUAGCACCCGCGUGCUCUCUUGCCAGACUGAAUUCCGGCACUGGGUAUGUCACGGUUGAAACCUCAAGUGGACAUGUCAGAGGGUUCACCGAAGACGUGGACGGAGUUAUGAUAGACCAGUUUCUUGGAAUUCCCUACGCAGAACCGCCAGUGGGAGAGCUCCGUUUCCGCAAGCCUGUGCCAUCCAAACCUUGGUACCCAACAACCCUAGAUGCCCUUGAGUUUGCGAGUCCCUGCGCUCAGGCCAACGGUUCUAUGCCUCCAGCACCGUGGCUCGUGGAAAGAGAGAAGAUCCGGGAGGAUUGUCUCUACCUCAACAUCUGGACUCCGAUGGAAAGAACCGUGGACCUCGGUGUUCUUGUGUGGUUCCAUGGAGGGGGAUUUAGAACAGGAACAGCAUCCUCACCACUUUACAACUCCAAGAAGCUAGCCGCUGUUGGCAACAUCGUGGUCGUCACGGUGAACUUCAGGUUAGGAUUUUUAGGUUUCCUUUAUACCGGUCCAGGAACGUCAACGGGGAACUACCUGCUGUGGGACCAACAUCUGUGUCUCCGUUGGAUUCAAGACAACAUCGCCCGUUUCGGAGGCGACCCCGGCAGAGUCACCGUUUACGGUGAAAGUGCGGGGUCCAUAGGCAUCAGUUCGCUGCUCCUGUCGCCAAGAAACACGGGACUGAUUCAUCGUGCCAUAAUGGCGAGCGGAAGCAAUCACUGGCUACAGCCGCCGCAGAACAAAGUGGGACCUGCUUUCGUGGACAGGGUGGCGAAAGCGGUAGGCUGUCUGACUCGUUCCUACCCAUCGUCAAAAAGCCAUCCGGCUGAAGUUGUAAACUGUCUCCGGUUCGUUUCCGUCGAAGACCUUAUGCAUGCGGAGGAUACAGAGUUCAUGGAUCAGCUCGUGCCCUUCUCGCCCGCCCACGGAGAUGACUUCCUUCCCAUCCCGGAGUUGACGGCCAUCAACAAAGGACUGAUAAUACCGCUGGAGAGCUUGAUGACAGGUCUCAUGACAGAAGAAGGAAGCGUCUUCGCCUACUUCAAAGAUCCCGUGCUUCUAGGGUCCCAAAAUGCUCCCAAGUUUACCAGGACGCAAGCGUCCCAGUUUGUGGGAAAACACUACCUCAACUUUCUGCCUACCACGACCCAAAUGAUGGUCAACGGCGCCUUCCAGCAGAAAGUUCGAAGUGGCUCGGAUUGGACCGGCGUCUGGCGGUCGGUUGUGGAUUCUAUCGGUGAUUUCGUCAUCAAUUGCCCAACCAAAUUCUUCGCUGAAGCCUUCGCCAAGUUGAACCGCCCCGUGUACUUUUACGUUAUCGACUACCCUUCGAAAACCUGGCCUGCCUGGUUUGGGGCAACGCAUUUUGAGGAACUCCAGUUCGUGUUCGGAAUGCCCUUUCGCUUUCCAGAGAGGUACACGGAAGAAGAUCGGGCACAAAGCAUGCAUCUAAUGAAGAUUGUCAGCUCAUACGUCAGCAACGGGAAGCCCGAACUGCCGGACGGCAUGGAGUACCCGGUGUUCACGAAAGAACAGCCCAUGCACGUGAUCCUCAACGCUCGCAACACCAGCGUCGGUUCUGCGUUCCACGAAGAAGGUUGCAAGGUCUACCGAUCGAUCUACCAGAUGCUCGGCGUCCCCACACCUUAG